UUAACCUUUUCUCAUCCCGCCCAUGUUCAUAAACGGCCAGGCGGGAGUGCUGCCGAUGCGGGUGGACGUUUCUAAACAUCCCCCCAGCAUCCACUGCCUGUGCGCACUUCCUGGGAGCGCGCGGCACCAAGAUCAGUGCCCGCUGUGUCCGGAGGACACAGAUCGCUGUACGGGACCUCUGUGUGAGGUCCCAAUUCAUGUGAUCACUGAUUGGUCAAUCAGUGAUCACAUGAAUAGUAGUAAACACAAUUUCACUUCCUGACAUUAUUGCUUACUAUGUGUGAAAUCUGUGAAUGAUCACAGUGGUCACAUGGUACAAGGCUAUUCACAACAGCCUUUUACCAUGUGACAAGCUGUGACCAAUCACAGCUCUCACAUUUAGUGAGUACUGCUAGAGAGUUUUCUUUUUUCUUGGGAGAGUGCAUGUGAUCAGCACAGGGCCAACCAGCACUGUCCGGACAGAGGUCAGUGGU